AUGCCUCGAGAAAAACACAGACGCAAAAAAAUCAAUCCAUAUUCUAUACAGAAUUUUAAAAACAGAAGACUAUUAAUUUAUUUACCAAACGAAAUACUUCAUAUAAUAUUUUUACUGUUAAUACCUUCGGAUAUCACAAAAUCAUCAAAAUUUACAUUAGAUGAUCGAAGAUUUAAAUACAAUCGAGAUCAUGAAUUACCAAAACGUUAUAAAUGGAAUGUACGCUACUGUCCAAAAAACAUCUGGAUCGACCUCAAAGAUGGUGACAUUGAUUUACACUCUAAAUUUUCUCAUUCUCAUAAACUUCAUUCGCAUGAUAAUCAAUUAUACUGUGACCAUUUCAAGAAAACUUUGAUAUUUAUUGAAUCGAAUGAACUUGAAACAUAUGAUAAAAGCAGAUGUCAGAAUUGUGAAAUGUUUACAUAUUGUGUAGUAUAUUCUUAUGAUUUCCCAACCCAUUGUAAAUCAGAAUGUAAAGAUGCUUUACGUGAAAAGAUCAGACCUAUAGUUGUUGGAAAUCAUUAUUUAUCAUAUUGUAUAAAAAUUUGCAAAGAUU